UCAUGCUCACUGGUGCACGCGCGGUGGGCGGGUGCCUCGCGCUCUAGCUCACAUUACCCAGCAUGCAGCGCGGGCGCUCUGACAGCAACAGAAACAUCAAGGAGGAAGAGGAUGCAGGUCGAUAUGGAUUACAAGGUUGUGUUCGCAGCCUUGGAGACGGCGUGUGAAGACAACAUUUCUUUUUUGUGUGGGUCUGAUUUGCCGUACGGCGCUGUUGCCAAGCGCCUGGUAACGUGUAUGAGACAGAUUCAGGAGCACGGCCGAGCCCUUGAGCCUGUGGUCGGCAGUUUCACCACUGUAUUCCAUCAUUAUGACUUGGACGCAGAAACGCCUGGGAAUGGCUACCGCACCCUGGUCAAGGUCUUGCUGUCUUGCCUUAUGCACAUCAUCCACAAGGGCCGCUACAUUGCCUCUAAUUACAACAGUGCCUUCUUCAGGGCGGACCACAAUGCCUCUGAGAUGGAGGCGUACUGCAGCGCGCUGUGUCAGCUGCGUGCCCUGGUCCACCUCGCCCAGCAGCUGAUCAACGAAAACGAAUGUGGCCAGCUGUACUCCCUGCAGGACGGGGACCUGAGCGGCAGGUUUGUGCAGGAGUACAGCUCCAUGCACAAAGCCUGCUUCUACGGCCGCUGUCUGGGCUUUCAGUUCUCGCCAACUCUACGUCCGUUCCUCCAGACUGUUGUCAUAAGCAUGGUUUCAUACGGAGAGACGUAUGGUAAACAGCAGUCUGGUUUGGGUUUGGCAGCCCUUUCCCUCCUCACAUCAGGGAAGUACGUCAUCGAUCCAGAGCUGCGGGGCGCCGAGUUUGAACGCAUUACCCAGAACCUGGACAUGCAGUUCUGGAAGUCCUUCUGGAACCUCACAGAGUCCGGCCUUUUAGCAGGCUUCAGCAGAAUAGCCUCGACCCCAGUGCAGGUGAACUUCACCCUGACUGUUCCUCCUGUCACUCUGCGCCUCCCUCUGGCCUCAGACCCCAGUCUAACGGCCACCGUGUCUCCUCCGAUAGCCCACUGGGGCCCCGGGCCGGUCCACAUGCGUCUCAUCUCCUGUGAGCUUCGAGAAGGACAGGAGAGUGAAGAGCUGCUAGCUUAUUCUCGAGACACUCCUCCCCCCGUCACCACGUCCCACCUCCCCUGGGUACAGAAGCAGCCUCGCUCCCCCUGGCUGCUCAUCCACUUCCAUGGAGGGGGCUUCGUGGCCCAGACUUCCAGAUCCCAUGAGAAUUAUCUGCGGACUUGGUCGAAGGAGCUGAGCGUACCUAUCCUCUCCGUGGACUACUCUCUGUCACCCGAAGCGCCCUUUCCCAGAGCUCUGGAGGAAUGUUUCUACGCCUACUGCUGGGCUCUGAAGAACUGUCAUCUGCUGGGCUCCACAGCGGAGCGCGUUUGUCUGGCAGGUGACAGCGCUGGAGGAAACCUCUGCAUCACCGUGUCCAUGAAGGCCAUGUCCUCCGGCAUCCGGGUCGCCGACGGCAUCAUGGCCGCCUACCCCGCCACCUUGCUCACCACUGACGCCUCGCCGUCCCGCCUGCUCACGCUCAUCGACCCGCUGUUGCCUCUUGGUGUUCUCACAAAGUGCAUCAAUGCCUAUGCAGGUACGGACUGUCAGACGGUGGAGCGUGCAGUGGGAAACGGCAGCCUGGGCGCUCUGGGCAGAGACACCGCUACGCUGCUCGGUGAUCUCACCCAGGGAGCCUCCAACUGGAUCCAGUCCUUUCUGGACCCCAUGCGGACUACAGGUGGAGUACGCUCGCUGUCAUCCUCGCAGUGGAGUCCUCAGAGCAACGCGACUCACAGCGCCACGCAAAACUGUGAAAGUAACGUGGAUUACCCAGAAGGCUUUGAGCCCCUGCGCUCCAAGAUCCUGGCUUUUGUUCGCCCAACGUCCUGCCCCAUAAUCAGGAACCCGUUUGUGUCGCCCCUGCUGGCUCCUGACAACAUGCUGAGAGGCUUGCCGCCUGUUCACAUAGUGGCCUCUGCUCUGGAUGCCUUGCUGGACGACUCUGUGAUGUUUGCCAAGAAGCUGCGAGGCAUGGGCCAGCCUGUGAGUCUGACGGUGGUGGAGGACCUGCCUCACGGCUUCCUCGCCCUGACGCAGCUCGCCAAGGAGACGGAUGUCGCAGCAACAAUCUGCGUGGAUGAAAUGAGGAAGAUUUUUCAGGAGGAAAACCCCGCUCUUCGCAAACGGCCAAAGAUGGAAGAGACUAGUCAGAGCGUCGAUCCAUCAGGCUGAUUUAUCUGGUCAUUCGUGGGACUUUGUUGUUCUUGGAUGAAACAGAGAUCUGACAUAAUGUGAGAGAGAUGAGGAGUUUGAGGAGGCAACAGAAACUGUAAAAGUAGAGGAAGCUUCGGAACACUGCACUUGAAACUUCUAUUGCACAACAUUUAAACUAAAAACUUUAACUUUCUAUAAACCAGCUCUAACAUGAUCCUUAAUGAAGACUAAAAUAAUCAAGUAUUUUUCUACCAAGAUUUACAUGUUGAAGAUUUAGAUCAAAACGCACAUUGAGAGUAUUACAGACUCACAGAACGUUCACUCUAACCAGCCCUUGCAGUCGUCCCUUAACUGAUAUACUGUAUGUCAGUGAAGGGAGCUGUUGUGCCUUAAAUUUAAAGUGCUGCUCAAGUGUGCAAAGAAAAGCUUUGCCUACAUUACUGCAAAAACUGACCAGGAUUAAAGGUUUACUCGCACAGGAAACACAUUCCAGAUGCACUGUAUUAUUAUUAUUAUUAUUAUUAUUACUAUUACUAUUAUAUUGUUUUGUUCACCAGGAGUAUGUGGAUGUGUCUUAUGAAAGUAGCUUGUUCUACUGUAAAGGAUUUCUUAAUAUUUGUUAAUAUAAAUAUUUAACUCUGUGUUGUUAUAUUUAAAGUCUGAAUUAAAUCCAAACUUGCAGGGAA